ACAACCCCCAAGCACUAGACUGCAGCAUGAUUUGUUACUGCUGGGCACCUUGCAUUGACUUUUAUGUGUAUAAAGCGAGCGUAGAAUGCUACCUACGUAUCAGCCUGCUUUGCUCUGGACUGGUAUUUUUCUCUGAAGCUGCACCACUGGUCUCCCAUGGCUCUGUUGAUUCCAAAUGCCCUCUCAUGGUGAAAGUGCUGGAUGCAGUCAGAGGAAGUCCUGCAGCUAACGUAGCUGUUAAAGUCUUUAAAAAGGCCGCAGAUGGAAGCUGGCAGGACUUUGCUACUGGGAAAACCACAGAGUAUGGGGAGAUCCAUGAGCUCACAACAGAAGAACAGUUUGUAGAAGGAAUAUACAGGGUUGAGUUUGACACCAGCUCUUACUGGAAGGGACUUGGCCUUUCCCCAUUCCAUGAAUACGCUGAUGUGGUGUUCACUGCUAAUGAUUCUGGUCACCGCCACUAUACCAUUGCUGCUCUCCUCAGUCCUUUCUCUUACUCAACCACUGCUGUUGUCAGUGAUCCCCAGGAAUAAACAUUACACAAGCACCCUCCUCCGCUAGAACUAUCAUAGGCUUUUAGGAGGAAGGUUUUUCCUACUGCUAAUGCAUAACUUUUUGCUACAUUAGUUGUUUUUGGGUUUGUUUUUUUUUCCAUUUUGUAACCUGGCAAACUUCAGACAAGUCAAUAAAAUGUUACUUCUUUAAAAUA